AUAAUGUCAUUGGAACUUCUUGUUUUUUUAAUACACCUUAAGAAAUUAAACAAAGCAAAUGCAUUUGGUAGCGCCCUCAGGAAAAGUCCAGUCACUUCCUGAUCAGUAAUCUGCCUGGGAGCAGCAGAUACAUUCUCAUUGUUUGCCAUUUCCAGUUUCCAGUAAUGGGAACGAUUACUUGAUCCAGCCAGUUUCUGCUGAAGAUCUGGGAAAACGUACAAAUUUUAAUGGCAAAUUUUAAUCUGUUUCCAUAAAACAGCAAGGGAAAAAAGCAUAACGUGGUUUUGGUACCUGGAGGCAUCACCUCCGAUAAUGAAUAUUGUUUUAUUUUGGAAUUAAAGUGUCUGUCCCCUAGGAACGAGAUGUAUCUUGCUUUUCUGGUGAUUUUCUUGCAGUGUUCAGAACUUUAUGCUCAGGAGAAAGUUUUUACUUUCAACAGAGUUGAAAUCCAGGUUCAGCCGUCUGUCAGAGUGAAGAAUGGAGCUCCAAUGUCAAUCAUCUGCCACGCUGAUAUUAUCAAAAAUACUGAUUUCCAGCUGAAGCACAAUUUUACAUUUUUUAAGGAUGGGAAGCUUGUGUUUAUGACCAUAUCAGACAAGAAAGUUGCACAAUAUGAAAUACCUGUGGCCAAAUCUUCAGAUACAGGAGACUAUGAAUGUACUGUGAAGGUAGAUGGCAAGCUGGGUUUCAGUAACACCACCUAUGUUUGGGUAGCAGGAAUGACCAAGCCAAUCCUGACUGCUGACAAAAAAGAAGUCUUAGAGGGUGAAAUUGUGAAAUUACGUUGCGAGCUGCCAGAAGAAGUACCUCCUUUAGUGUUCUUUUUCCGGAAGUUAAAGACAAAUUCAGCGCCUAAAGAAAAACACAUACUUGAACAAAACCAAAAUUUUUCUGAAAUGGAAUAUUAUGUUGAAGCAGAAGAUAAUAUUUUACAAUUUGAUUGCUUUGGCAAGAGACAAGUAAGAUCUGGAUGGGAUAGCUCCCAACACAGCAACAAAACACUUGUUACAGUCAAGGAAUCAUUUAUAAAGCCCACUCUGAUCACCAGGCCCUCCAAUAACAUUACAGAAGGAGACCCAAUAGAAUUUGAAUGCUCAACUGUGGUAGCUCAAAUGCGUGACAUUGAAAUCAUCUUCCAGAAAAAUAGAACAAUACUGAACAGUGUACGAGAUAAGAAAUUUUUGAAAUACUCUACAGUAGCUACUCAAGAGGACAGUGGUGAAUACCUGUGUAAGGUGGAGCAAGGAGCAGUGUCUAAAACCACCAAACUGAAUGUCUUUGUGUCAGAACUAUUCCCCAAGCCAACACUGUUUGCUUCUGUGACUGAGUUGGAUGAAAAUAAAGAUUUAAGUUUGAACUGCAGCAUUAAUGGUUUACGGAGAGCCAACUUCUCUAUACUACGGAAAAGUUCCAGUGGAGACAUCCUGUUGAAAAAGUCUAGAUUCUUAGCAAUUAAAGUUAAUGUGAAUGAUACUGGAUCUUACAUCUGCAAAGCUGAAGUAAAAGGAAUAGUCAAGGAGAGCAAACCUGUAAGGAUAAGUGUUUAUGCUCCAGUCUCCAAGCCAACUCUUUCUGUUGUCAGUGGUUCACCAGAGGUGGUAUUAGGGAAGCCUCUACAAUUAAUCUGUCAUUCAGCAAUGGGAACGCCCCCAAUAACAUUCACCUUCUACAAAGGGAAUGAAAUGAGGAAAAAUGUAACUAAUGACACAUAUGCUACAUUCUUGGAUGAAGAUAUUGGACUAAAUGAUAAUGGAGUAUACAAAUGUGAUGCUAGAAACAAUCACUCCAGUGGUGUGAAAACUAGCAAUAUUCUAAAUGUCACAGUGAUAGUACCAAUCAGGGGUGCCAGUUUGGGCAGUGUUCCAUAUGGAGAAGUAGAAGUUGGCAGUGAUACUGCUUUCCUCUGCUCUGUGAAAGAAGGAUCUUGGCCAAUUGACUUCAAGUUUUUUAAAAAAACUGAUCAUGAAGUUCUUCUACAUGAAGUAAGGGAAUAUUCAGACAGAACCAUAUGGCACAAGAGGACAAUGAAGAGGAAGGACACAGGGACCUAUUAUUGCAUGGCUUCGAACCGAGCCAGCGUGGACGUGAGGAGCCGUCCAAUAACCAUCAGUGUUAUCUUAGCAGCCUGGCAGAAAGGAGUCAUUGCUGCAUUUGUCCUGACAGCCAUGGCAGGAGCAGGAGCAGUUGCUUUAUGGUGGUUUUUGCAUAAGAAGAAAAAGGCUAAAGGACCAUCCAUGGAGAUGUCUGGUUCUGCCUUGGCUCCAAACUUGACGAGUGAAAAACUAACAAGACCACCCAGUGAUGGAAACUACUAUUCAGGAUCAGGUUACAUUGAAGAUAAUGAAAACCACAUGAAAUCAACAGAUGAGAGUAAAGGACCUGACCUUGAGAGUGCUGAGGUGGAUUACACUGAAGUUGAAGUCUCCACGCUUGAUCCUUACAGAGCUCCUGAACAGAAGGGGACUGAAACAGUUUAUAGUGAAAUCAGAAAAACUAAUAAUGAUUCUAUGGAAAACAGGCAUUCUCAGAGAAUAUAUGGGCAUCCUGAUGCUACCUAGUACAGUCACCUUAAAGAUCAACUGGGAGAAGAAAACAACAGGAGAUGGAAGAUGUUGCAAGUGUUUCAAAGGCUUUGCAGCAGUUAUUUAUGAGUUAGCCAGACUCGUCUUUUCAAAGUUUAUUUCCUUAGGAGGAACAAUAGAGAUGUUCCUAAAGCAUUUAAUGGAAAAAAAUUACAAAUAAAAAUUCUCAUAGGAAAGUGGCUCUAGAAACCACUGACCCAGGUUCUCAUCUCUGAUUUCUCCUGCUAAUGCAAUUUUACCUUUUUUGCCUCCAAUUCAUGCUCUAAGGAAACAAAGGGGGAGCUACAGCUGAGGAAGUACAUUUCUACAAUGCAGCAACUACUGUGAUACCAGUAGGACAUAGAAAUAUCUAAGCUUGCUUUAAACUUGCUAAGUUGGUUGUCAGUGCCACCACUGUGCAGAACAGAGCUCAGCACAGCCUGGCCAGCCAUGGAUGUACCUUGACAUGAUCUUGCAGCUUGUGCUGAGCUCCCUGUGCUGCAGCAGCUGGACUGCUACCAGGCUUGGAGCCAGCUCAGUUAUAACCCACAGGGAUGUGACACUGCAGGGAGGGCCUGAGGGAAGAGUGAGCUCUGUAAAAAAACUUGAAUAACUGUUCAGAGAUUCAGACUUUACCAAGUGCUUCUAUCAGAGGGACAAACAGUCUUUCUUCUUCACUAAAUUGCUUUUCCCCUUUAAAAAUUCUGAUGCUUGUUGGUUUAUUUGAUGUGAUGGGUCUUCAAGAAAUGAUUGUCCAUCACAGUUAUUUUGGAUGAUUCUAUGAUAAGUCUUCAUUGAGUGGAUAUAAAACACCCAGGUCAGUGAGUUUGUACCUGAAAAUCCUGUUAUGUACAAUCCUUACUCCUCUGAUUUUAUGAGAGAUCUGAAGUUGUACUUGUGCCCAGUUUGUCCAGUAUGGAAUUCCAUACCUAUCCUUUUUCUCUGUAGUAUUAUAAACCAUUAACAUGGAUCUAGUUUGGACACAGAUAUAAUCCCGCAGCCCAUGUUUAUCUUGGCUGCAUUAAUUUAAAAGAAGAACAGAAAACAAAAGAGAAAAAAUACUGUCCUUAACCCCUUAACCAGAUGGCCUUUGACAUUGCAGUUGGUCCCUUUUUCUUACUGCAAAUUAAAUUCCUACAAUAUCUGGGCCACAGGUAAGAAGGUUCUCAUUUUAAUUAGAAAAUAGUAAAAAAGAGGUCAUGGAUUUGUAUAUAGAUAUACAAUUGCUGCUUUAAGCACUGCAUCAAAGGUGCAAAACCAGCAAGAAACACAAAAGGGGUUUAUAUCUUCCAUUCCAAAUGUUUAAAAUUUCAAGCUCUGGUUACUGAUUAAUAUCUCUAAUUUAUUGUUCCCUGUGCAAAUGUUGUUUGUAUCAUGAGCCUGUCAAAACUGACUGACUUCAUAGCUCUCUUCUGUUGACAAAUGUUCUUUCAGCAUCCCAUGACUGCCCAUGCAAAUGCGUUAGUAUAAGAAAUGUGAAAAGGUAUUUUAAUAAAGAAAACUGAAUUGAACUUUGCACUGGA